UAUUUGCACUGAAUUAGCCUGGCCUCAAAAGACUGUGGCUUGUCUGAAAAAUCAUAGGCAAGAAGAAAAAGCUAAUUUCGAAUUAAAAACAAGGAUGGUUAUCAGUGCUUUGAUGCUUCAGGUUCUUCCACUGGUUAUUCUUCUAGGGACCACAUGUUUGGGCGCUUCUCAUUCGUCCUUCUGGGCCAGCAUGAUGGAAGAUGAGGCUGAUGACUAUGAGAACUACUACUACUCUACAGAACCGAAGCAGGACACCAACCUCCAGCAGGAGUUCUCGGAGGAAUUUUUCUGGCUCAAGACAGUUUUCAGUGACAUCUUUUCCAUGGAAGACUCAUGCUCAUCCAGCCCCUGCAAGAAUGGUGGUACAUGUGAAGCCAGAGGAAGUGACUUCAGCUGUCUCUGUCCUGCACCAUAUGGUGGGACUACAUGUGAAAAAGUGGAGGACACGUGUCUGGAGAAGAACUGCCACUUUGGUGACUGCCUGAUUAUAUUAACCCCACCUUAUUUUAAGUGCAGCUGCAAGCCUCCCUACAGGAGACCCUCCUGCCAGCGUGCUUCCAAACAGUGCAGCCCAAACCCUUGCAGAAAUGGAGGCACCUGCAAACGGAACAGAUACAGAUCAAAAUUCACCUGCGAGUGCCCUGAACCUUUCAGAGGGAGAUUCUGCGAGAUCGGACCAAAUGAUUGUUAUGAAGAGGAUUCCUCUACAUAUAGAGGUAGGGUGAACCAAGCAGAAAAUGGCAGGACCUGCCUGCACUGGAAUUCCCACCACCUCUUGGAUCAUCCUUUUAAUGCCUUUAUGGAGGAUGCUGACUCCUAUGGCAUUGGGGAACACAACUUCUGCAGGAAUCCUGAUGAGGAUGAAAAACCCUGGUGCUACAUCAGGAAAAAUAAUGAAGUGGAUUGGGAAUACUGUGAUGUUUCACCCUGCUCAGCUGAAGAGACCCCAACAGAACCCCCUACAGACCCCCCUGAAAUAUUCAAAACAUGUGGACAACCAGAAGUUCAUAGGACACUCAAGAAGAUCUAUGGUGGAUCCAAGGCUACACCUGGAAAACAUCCCUGGAUGGCAUCUCUGCAGACACAGACUUCAGAUGGGAAUGAACAUUUCUGUGGUGGAGUGCUAAUUAAAUCAUGCUGGGUUCUUACUGCUGCACACUGCCUUAAAAAACCAAAACGAAACAUCCAAGUAGUCCUUGGCAAGCAGAACCUCAAGAAGAAAGAGGAUCAUGAGCAAAUAUUUGAUGCAGUGCAAAUAGUUUUACAUGGCAAAUACAGAGAGGUGACGGGUCAUGCCCUAUACAAUGAUAUUGCACUACUUAAACUGCAGCCUGUUGAUGGUCACUGUGCAGUGGAAACAAAGCAUGUGAAAAUAGCAUGUGUCCCCGACUUCUUCCUUCCUGCUGGGACCUCCUGCUUCAUUUCUGGAUGGGGCACUACAGAGACAGGUGAUUUAUCCCAUCAGCUGUUAGAUGCCAAUGUCAAGCUGAUUUCACAGAGGAAAUGCAAUGAACCCAAACUACAUAAUGACAAACUGGACGAUAGCAUGUUUUGUGCAGGAAAUCUUCGGAAACCUGGAAUCGAUUCUUGUGAGGGAGACUCUGGAGGCCCCCUGACUUGUGUACAAAAUGGCUCCUACUACGUAUAUGGCCUCGUGAGCUGGGGUGAAGGAUGUGGGUUAAAAAACAAGCCAGGAGUUUAUACCCAGGUGACAAAAUUUGCCAGCUGGAUUAAUGCUGCAAUUCAGUCUGCAUCAAGGUCAUGAGGAGUGACUUGGAAUGACAAAUGAAUUUCUGAAGCAUCAGGAUUGACUCCAACUUGCUGAGAUCCUUCUGUCUCCAACUGGUCCUGUAAAAUCACAAGCCAAAAAACUGUGAAACCUGCCAGUAGACGGGGAGGGUUUUAACUAUUAUCCUAUAACAAUAUUUCAUAUUAAAAAUUACAUAACUGGCAAAAAAUCUAAAUCACUGUUCUGCAUGGAGUGAAUUUCUGCUGUGGAGAAGUGCAAAAUAUGGACCUGUUCAUAUAAGUGAGAUACCUCACAUACCAAAGGACUAAAUGUGCUCAAGUCCUAGUUUCUAUUUUGAAAUAAAAAGCAAAUCAGCAAAGGCCUGGGUUCCACAUGGAUUGCACACCUGUGGGUUUCCCUGGGGUCAUCAGGUCAUUAUCACACCUUUGACUUAAGAAGAUACUGCCUGUAAUUCCCACUGCCUCCAUUACUCAACCACAGUUUUCACUUAUUUCCUGAGCAACUUUUCAGAUGGGUAUGUAAAUCAUGGAUAUAUACUGUUUCUCUUGGUCUGGAUUAUUGUUUGACUUCUUACCAAAAUUAACAAUUAAAUGAUCAAAGCAUCUCAA